AUGGCAAAAGCACCUACAAGUAGAAGAAGAAGCGUGGCUCGAGACCAGGAUUUCCUCGUCCGUGGAGACGAGUCUCGAGCUGCUAAGGCUUCUGGCGUUUCUAGAUCGCCUGAAUCUCGGCCCGAACAUCUCGACAUUAAAAUCUCUACCGAUGACUCUACAGCUUUGGAGGCACUGUUCGACGAAAAACUCGAGACCAGCCUGCUGCUCAAGUUCGACACCUUUCUCAAGGGUCUGGAGUCGCGCAUGGAUGUGCUCGAGGACUUUUCCGCUAACAAGGCCUCUCAAAUCGACGAGAGCAUCCACAACGCAGUACUUGCAUUUGAACAAAUCAAGGAGAAGGUGUUGACGAAGACGACCGACCAGAAGAAGAAGAUGGAGCAGUUUAUGCAUGUGAUAGAAAACAACUUCAACGACUUUGCUGACUGGGACACAGACUCGUGGGACACCGAGUCCUGGACUUCGCAAUUCAGCGAGGUCCAGAAGCAUCUAGAACAACGGCUGGUGGAAAUCGAGGAGGCUGUCAAGCAGGGAGCUGACGAGCUUUUACACAAGGCCACUCAGGCUGCUCUGGAAGCCGCUAAGAAGGGACUUAUUACCAUCAACGAGCUCCCCGAGGUUCAUCGAGACAACCCAUACAUCAUCCGAGGCUACCGGUUCUAUGGAAAGUACUCAGAUUGUGCAAAGUCUGUGGUCACUCUGCAUAACGAGACGUGCAACAUCUGGACCCAUCUCGGAGGUUUCUUUGUCAUGCUCUUUCUCGCCUUCUUCCAUUACCCGAAGACUGUCAGCUGGGAGAAGUCGUCGUUGAUGGACAACAUGUGCAUGAUUGUCUUCCUUGUGGCUGCCAUGAAGUGCCUGGUCUGUUCAUCUAUCUGGCACACGUUCAACUCCAUCUGCUGGAUUGAGCACAGAAAGAAGUUUGCGUGUGUGGACUACACUGGCAUCACUGUUCUCAUUUGCGCUUCGAUUCUUACCACCGAGUACACCGCCUUCUACUGCAACCCAACUAUGCAGACUGUGUACAUGACUCUGACUGCUUUCUUCGGCAUCACCGGUGUUUUCCUGUCUUGGGACCCCAAAUUUGAUGACCCCAAGAACCGGCACUGGCGAAUUCUCUUUUUCGUCUCCUUUGCCGUUGCUGGAGCUACCUCGUUCAUCCACAACACCCUGCUCCAUGGUGUGUCCAACACUCUGGCCUUCUACCUGCCUGUUGUUCCUUCUCUGGCCUCGUACGCUGCUGGAGUAAUCUUCUACUCUUUCCUCAUUCCUGAACGAUGGUGUCCUGGCGGAGUGUUUGACUACUUUGGCAUGAGCCACAACCUCUGGCACAUUUUUGUUUUCGGUGGCAUCUUUUACCACUACACUGCCACUGUCAAAUUGCUUGAGACUGCCCAUUCUUACGCCUGCGUGGCUUAA